AUGAAGGAGUCAGUGAUUUGGCCUAAGGUGACAGUAAUGGAGAUGGAGAGAUUUGCCAACUGUGUUGAUGGCUUUGAAAUGUCAGGCAAGAUAAAGCCUGAGAAGCCACCACUGGAUCUGGCAACAGGAACAUCAUCAGAGACCUCAUCCAAAGCAAUCUCAGUGAUGUCAUGGGCACUCAGAUCUGGAAAGGGACAGAGUUGUACAGACGUGCUGUGCUGCAUGGUCUUCAUGCUGUUCAUUAUGGCCUACAUUCUUUUAGGACUGGCAGCCUGGGUCAAUGGUGACCCCAGAAGAGUGGCCUAUCCUACAGACAGCCAGGGCUACUUUUGUGGCCAGAAGGGCACCCCCAAUGAGAACAAGUCCAUUUUGUUUUAUUUUAACAUGCUCACCUGUACCAGUCCUUCCGUGGUGGUAAACCUACAGUGCCCUACCACACAGAUCUGUGUCUCCAAGUGUCCAGAAAGAUUUUUAACUUUCAUGGAAAUACAAUUUAAGUACAAAAAUGACAGUGAAUACUGGACAUACUACAGCCAGUUCUGCCGGACUACUUUUCUUAAGCCUGUGGAGACUCUCUCACAAGUUUUACUGGAUAAUGAUUGUCCAUCAGCGAUUUAUCCAAGCAAACCUUUUCUCCAGAGAUGUUUCCCAGACUUCUCUACUAAAAAUGGCACUUUAACAGUAGGAAAUAAGACAGUGUUUGAUGAUGGAAGUGGAAAGACAAGAAAUGCUGCAGAGCUCAGAAGAGCUGCAAAUGGUAUCAAUAAAGCCCUUGAUGCAAGGGCAAUUGGAGUGAAGGUGUUUGAAGACUAUGCAACAACAUGGUAUUGGAUUCUCAUUGGCCUGACUAUCGCCAUGUUCCUCAGCUGGAUGUUUGUGAUGCUCCUGAGGUUCACAGCUGGAUUGCUUUUCUGGAUCUUCACCUUUGGUGUGAUUGGGAUCAUAGCUUAUGGAAUAUGGCGCUGUUACCUAGAAUACAGCCGUCUUGAGGAGCAGCCAGGUUCUCACUUAAAUGCAUAUACCAUUGGGAUUCAGACUGACAUAAGCAUGUACUUUCGCCUGAAACAAACAUGGUUCGCACUUAUGAUAAUACUCUGCCUCCUUGAACUGUUCAUCAUCCUCAUGCUGAUCUUCCUCAGGACCCGAAUCCGUAUCUCCAUCGCCCUGCUGAAGGAGGGGAGCAAAGCCAUUGGAUACAUCCCUAGUACUUUAAUUUAUCCAGCUUUAACUUUCUUUUUCCUCUCAGUCUGCAUUUCCUACUGGGCUGUGGUAGCACUUUACUUGGCUACAUCAGGGGCACCUAUAUAUAAAGUCAUAGCCCCACAAGGGCAAUGUGAACAUGAAAAUAAAACCUGUGACCCAGUGGGUUUUAAUACAACUGAAAUUGCCAAAGCUUGCCCUGGGGCUCAGUGUCAUUUUGCUUUCUAUGGUGGAAAGAGCCUAUAUCAUCAAUACAUCACUACCUUCCAGUUACUCAAUCUAUUCGUCUUUCUCUGGCUUAUAAACUUUGUCAUUGCAUUGGGUCAGUGUGCCCUUGCUGGUGCCUUUGCUUCUUAUUAUUGGGCCUUGAAAAAACCUGAUGACAUCCCACCCUAUCCACUUUUUACUGCAUUUGGACGAGCCAUAAGAUAUCACACAGGAUCCCUAGCAUUUGGAUCUUUAAUUCUUGCAAUAAUUCAAAUGUUCAGAUUAAUCCUAGAAUACUUGGACAAACGUCUUCAAAAGGCCCAGAGCAACAUUUCUAAAUUCCUAAAAUGCUGCCUGAGAUGCUGUUUCUGGUGUUUGGAAAAAGCAGUAAAGUUUUUGAACAGAAAUGCCUAUGUUAUGAUGGCAAUAUACGGCAAAAACUUCUGCAAGUCAGCAAGAGAUGCUUUCAAUCUGCUGAUGAGAAAUAUUUUAAAAAUUGCAGUUAUGGAUAGAGUGACAGACUUUGUACUAAUCCUGGGAAAGAUUCUAGUUGCUGGCUGUAUAGGUGUCCUGGCCUUUCUACUUUUCACCGAAAGACUCCCAGUGAUUAUAGAAGGACCAACAUCUUUAAAUUACUACUGGGUACCUUUGCUGACAGUGAUUGUUGGAUCUUACAUAAUUGCACAUGGAUUCUUCAGCGUCUAUGCAAUGUGUAUUGAAACAAUUUUCAUCUGCUUCUUGGAAGAUUUAGAAAGAAACGAUGGUUCUGCCGAAAAACCCUAUUACAUGAGUCAGUCUCUGAUGAAGAUUAUGAACAGGCGAAAUGUAGAAACCAAGAAGCAGUAG